CCGGACCAGGAUAGUUGAUCCGGCCACGCUGUGUGGGUCGCAGAUUGACCGUUUCCCAACCCGCGGAGUAUUUCCCUACAGACCAAACGAGAAUUGAGAAGAGGAGGGAGCGGGAUGGCACAGCUGUUAAGUCUGCCGCGCGAGCUGCGCGACAUGAUCUACAUGGCACUCAUCACGGCCGAGCGUCCACGGCCCGACUUCAAGCGGGAGAGGUGGACUCCCAAGAGCCACAAGCUCUACUCGUACUGUGCGACCCGACCCAUCCGACCACCGGUGAACUGCGCUGGGAUGCUGCAAUGCAGCCGACAGGUCCACCGUGAGAUGAGCGAAGCGAUUGAGGAAGCCAAGGCGAAGCAGCUGGCGGCGUUGAAGCUGGAUUACUUCAUCAUGGAUGCUGAAACCAGCAUUGCUACCUGGCUCCGGAUCCCAAUCGUGGAGACGAAGGGCAGAGUGGGGAGAAGGCAGGAGAAGGCGGAAGGGACCCCAAAGUGGCGUAUCCGAAUCCCAGGCUCGACAGCUUCGGCAGCAGAGAACCAUGAUGGCUGUCCACACGCGAUCAGUAGACCGCGUUGUGUCUGCGGGAAUUCCUCGACGCUGCUUCACCAACUAUGGGUGGACGUCCGAUAUGCGCGCACUCUUGGCCACGAAGAUGAGCUAGACGCCGUGCAUUGCCAGGUGUGGGGCAUAUGCGCCACUCUCGUCGAUGUGCUCGAGAGAGGGGGGAACUGGUCGAGGGAGGCCCCUUCAUGCAACAUUGCCAUGAUUGACGAACUGGUCCUCAACGUGGUCUCGCCACGGCACCUCGUCAAUGGGAUUGUCCAACGUUCCCGUGGCACGCAGACGACCGACUCAACUAGGGAAUUGGACUCCGAGGCAGCGUGGGUGGCACGUCGUGUGCUGGGCGUGUGGGAUACCCUCUGGACUUCGGAUGCGUCGAGUAAACCGUUCCGCCUCCUGCUCGAGAGAAUCCGACGGGUGCGAAUGUGCAUCGACGGCGAGACAUGGCGAGUUCGUGAACUGCAACCGGAGCUGGAGAGAGGGUGGGCCGAGCAACGGCGAAUCGCAGCGCGACUGAUGCAUUGAAGCUAGGUUAGGGCAUACAUCGGCACUGCUCCGUGAUGCAAGUAGACUAUGAAUUUCCUAUCUCGUUGCUCGCGUGAGAACGAUGUUGGGUACCCCCGUACCUAGAGCCUAGCUGGCACUUUUGAGCGGCAGUAUUGUGUACUGUGUUCUGUGUACUAUGUACUCCGUACUGUGUACUG